CCCGCUAGGGAAGUUCCCCAUGUCCGCGCGAGAUUUUCCCGUCCCAUACGUUGAUCAUGCUAGCUUCCACAUAAUAUACGCACUGCUUGAAGCUCUAGAUUAAUCUGAAGUGAUGAAUCUAUAGGAAUUAUAAGGUUCAUUUCAUGCUUGUAUGAUGGGUAAAGCUUGUCCCCUGCGGAAGGGGGAGGUUUACCGCACAGACUUUUUCAUUGCCUACUUUGUCUGAGUAUUUUCGUUGGUAAAAAUCGUGUCGAGACUCGAAGAGAAAAUCUGGGGACGUCGAAAUAUGAAAAGAUUUCUUCUCCCUUAUCUAUGACAAUGUUGAUACCUUACCCUGGCGCGUCCAACACAAGUAACUCGCCUCUGAUGUCUUCAGUAAGUCGAACUUCUUCGUUCUUUGUAAUCCAUGAAUAUUGGCAGUAGCCGUAUCCGUCAUUGUCACUUGAUUUGUGUUGAGCGGGGAGAUUUUGAUCAACCUCUCAGCUCGACUGACCAGUGGUUGCGCUAGCAUGUCAACGUGGAGACGAACGUUCUAUGGCUUAGUUGUAUAAUUGAACACUAACGGGAGAACUAGAACGAUGCAUAUUUACAAGAGUCGCGAGUACAAUGGUUACUCGUAGGGACGAUACUUCCCGCGGCUUUGGGUACGAUGUUCGUCGUAGGACAUCUAUAUACACGAGCAAUAAUCACAAAAAUUUUGGGUUGGGACGACUUCUGUCUUGUUACAGCAUGGGUAUGUCAAGCUCUAUUCUGCUCGAAAGUAAUCAUCCAACAAUCUUUUACUAAAAUUCCCUCCAGAUCCUUGUCAUCUUCCAAACCGUUGGCGCCAGCCUCUCCUGUGAUUACGGCGGCGGUCGCCACGUCGAGCUCCAAAGACACGACGAUCUCAAACCCUUAGUCAUCCUCGCAUUCGUAUCCCGACUUCUCUACCAGCUUGGACUCAUGAUGGUACGGAUCGCCAUGUGCUUGCUCUAUCUGCGAAUUUUCCAGGAUAAAACGAGUAAGAUCAUUAUAUACCUUUUGAUACUUUUCCAACUCAUUGCGACCAUUCCUGCUACGUUGGCUUUGGUUUUUCAAUGCGAUCCUAUUAUUUCGCAGUGGGAUCCUAACGUAGAGGAAAUUCACUGUGAUGAUCCGAUGCCCGCCAUAACUGCUUUUACAGUUUGUAGUGUGCUCAGUGAUGCGGCGCUGAUUGCUUUUGCUGUGCCGAGAGUUUGUACGUAUUACCUUUUCUUUUACCUUUUCCAAAAAAAGUCCAUGCAUUCUUCAGUUUCGGAGACCAUAGACGGCUAAUGGUAAUCUCACAGUACCACUUCAAAUACCCAAACUCCAAAAGGCCUUUCUCCUAGCUAUAGUCAGUUUCGGAAUUCUCAUAAUCAUCGUCUCGAUCAUCCGAUACGUACGCCUGGAACCUGUCUACUCGGGAAACGACUACACAUGGGACAUGUGGCAAAUAACAACCUUCGCAUCAAUUGAACUCAACACGGCACUUUUCUGCGCCAGCGCUCCUUCGCUAAGACCUCUCGUGCGCGCAUUGGCUCCAAAUAUCAAGUGCUUGAGAAGUCUGUAUGCUGUGUCGGAAAAUCAGCGCACUCGUAUUGCUCAUUCUCGUGUAAAUUUGAAUGAUAAUGGUGAAAUGGGAGAAGGGGGAAAUGGAUCGGAAAAUGAUGAACUCAAAUUGGUGAGUAGAUCUACAGUGGGCGGUUCAGAGAUUUCGCUUGAUAGUGGGAGAGCCGGGAGCGGGAGGAUAGAGACGGGUAUGGGGAGAAGGAGAGAGGAAAUGAGUGUGCGGGGCUCUGGGAUGGGGUCGAAAGCGAUAGUGGGGAGGGAUGCGGAGGAUUGGAUGGGUUUGGUGGGGGAUGGGGUGGAGGAUGACAAGAGGGGGGGGGUUAGGGUUUUGGGAUGGGGGUUGGGGAAACGGAGAUUAGUGCUAGAGGGUUUUGAAUGGUUUGGAUGAGGAAGAUACGGUUAUGAAGGCGUGAUUGGAUAAAUAGAAUGAUGGAUAUGGAUACCAUGGAUUUGGGAGCAUGGCGUUUGGAGAAAAGGUGUGGAUUUCAU